ACUGCCACUCGUGUUUUCACAUAAGAGCUACAUUAUCAUCACAGUGUUUGUUUCGGCUCGACCGUUAAGCCCGCGGUGGUUCAGAUGGAUUCUUAUCACGUACUGAACCUGGUGGGAGAGGGCUCGUUCGGCCGAGUUUACAAGGGGAGAAAAAAGUUCACAGGCAAGGUCGUAGCUCUAAAGUUCAUGCCGAAAGUGGGUCGGACUGAAAAGGAGCUGCGAAGUUUGAAGAGAGAAAUAGAAAUUAUGAGAGAUCUUCGGCACCCAAAUAUAGUCCAGCUCUUUGACAGCUUUGAGACUGAAACCGAGGUUGUGGUUGUAACUGAGUAUGCAGAAGGCCAGUUGUUCCAGAUUUUGGAGGAUGAUGGAAACUUGCCAGAAAGCCAGGUGCGAGAGAUUGCCUGCCAGCUGGUCUCUGCUCUGUAUUAUUUACACUCCCAUCGCAUCCUUCACCGUGACAUGAAACCACAAAAUAUCCUGCUUGGAAAAAGCGGUGAGGUGAAGCUCUGCGACUUUGGGUUUGCCAGAGCGAUGAGCGUCUCCACCCUGGUCCUGACUUCCAUCAAGGGAACACCGCUGUACAUGUCGCCUGAGAUCGUAGAGGAGAAGCCGUAUGACCACACCGCUGAUCUGUGGGCGCUGGGCUGCAUUUUGUAUGAGCUCCACACGGGGGUGCCACCAUUCUACACCAACUCCAUCUUCCACUUGGUGCAGCUCAUUGUGAAAGAUCCGAUCAAAUGGCCGGACACGAUGAGCGACAGCUGCAUGAGUUUCCUGAAAGGUUUGUUGACUAAAGACCCACAGAAACGUUUGUCAUGGCCAGACCUCCUGCACCAUUCCUUUGUUGCUGAUGGUGUUUUAGCAGUGAUGUCAGACACAAACCUCUUCAGCCCCCUGACGGUCACACCUAGCCCAGACGUGGUGGCCAUGAAGAUGAAGCAAGUGGCAGAAAAAUCUGUGCCGACGUCAGGAGAGAGCAUAUUAAUGAGAAAGGCCAGGGAGGAGAUGGAGCUCAAAAAGAGAGAGAAAAAGAAGGAAGGAUGUGAAAGGAUGAAUUCUGCUACAGUAAUGGCGUCGCCUAAAGCCCUCUGCAGUGAUGUUCCUGCAGCUUCUGGCCAGUUGGCCAUGACAGCCAAUCAAAGCAUGAACCCGAAGAGUAAAACACGCACCACAUCAAAACAAAGGGGUCAGAUCAGCAGAGACUAUGAACAGGAGUUUCCCUCUGUUGAGGUCGGGCCGCGACUCGUGCUCAGAGGGAACGACAGACCAGCCGCACUUCAUAGGCAGGAUGUUGCUACCGAAAGGCACCGGGAGAAUCUUGUCCAGGAAACAGACCUAAGCAGGCAGCAGAAGAAGCCUAUAAACUACAAUGACAUCAUAUGUCAAAUUAAAUCUAGCAUUACAGCAUUUCAGGUUCAGCUGAUAGGUGUUGGUGUUAUAAAUGUGCAGCAUAUUGAGCAUGUGCUAAAGGUCCUACGUAACUUGAUCCUGACCCCUGACCUCGAGAAGUCUCACCACAUCAGCCAUGAACUUAAACUACCACAAUCCUUCUUUGAGCUGAUCAGAGAUUCUGUUUCAAACUCUGAUUUUAUCAAGGAGCAGAGGAAUGUGCUUACUCUUGGAGAAAUUAUUAAAUUUAUUCUGUUCUACUGGGAAAGGCAUUGUGGUUGGGUGGAAGAGGAGCCCAGACUGGAAGAGUUCGCUAAGCCGCUCGAGAUGAUUAUCAAUCAGUCAAAUCUUACUGCUCUGGCACCGCUUGCUGCUUCUCUUUUAUCUCUCUUCACUCUACAUGGUGUUGAUGUUUUUGUUGACGUGGAGAAUUUGACUUCCCUGCUGAAAAUGCAUCCCUCGCCUCUGGUGUUGCCGCCUCCUGGUUGGGGACUGUAUGAUGGCCUCCUGUCUUUACUCCUACACGCGUUGUCUGAGGAUGACAAUGCAUCAGUCUCAUCUAAGUUAAAUCCACAUUUGUUCUUGGAUUUGUGGAAAAAAGUUGGUUCUUCGCUCGCAAGCCCAACGCCGAACCUGGACUUCUUUUCAGCAAGUGGAGUUUACUCCUUUCUGUCUAUUGCGCUGCUUAUCUUCACAAAGGACCUGCACUCAUGCAUUCCUCUUUUUUCUGACAAAACAUCUCAAUGUGUAUACACGCUCUGCUGGUUGCUGAGCAACGACUGUCCUCAUUUAUCAGCCAAGCCUCCCUGUGGGAGCGCCGACAUGGAGCUGAGCUGCGACGCCCUGUCCACGUUGAGCUGCCACCUGCUCUGCUUUCCGUUUGCGCUGGACCUGCCGCCACACACCAUGGCCGGCGUCCUGCAGGUGUAUGACAGCUGUCAAGUUGCUUCCAGCCUCCUGCAGGUAAUUCAGACAUUCCCUCCUUCUCAGCUGGAGCUGCCUCUCUCCCUGCUGAGCCGUUUGCUGUUGUGUGAUUCUGAGCGCUCUGUGUCCCACGUCGGAGGAGGUGCUUCUGGCUUUUUUUCGUCAACUCAGAGCAACCAGCUCUUUCCCUCCAAAAAUCCGACUGCUGUGACCAGAACUGCCAGCUCUCUGCUCUCUGACUUGCUGCGGCAGGAUGAGCUGUGGGACUGUGCUGUGGAGCUCCUGAAUCUCUUGUCCCAAGUGGCCCGCUGCUCCUCUCAGCCCGCUUCCCCUCGGAUAUCUGUCGAGGCCGCAGCGCUGCAGCAGGCGCUGACUCAUCCGUGCGACCAGAUCAGAGCUGCCACAUGUAGGUUUGUGGGGAAUUUGGAACCAUUCAGAGCUAAUCAAGCACGUAACCUGCAGGCUGACAUUUUCAGACAGAUGAUAGACGCUCUUAAUGACUCCUGCGCACAGGUGCGGCGGAUGGCUUGCAGGGCGGUGGGGAACUGGCUGGGAUACAUUGCAGCAAAGUUUAAAAUGGGAGGAAGCUGCAGUGACUCUUCAGGGUGGGGCAAAGAGAACAAUCUCAGUAAACAAGCGCAUUCACCUGUCGAAGCAGCUGGCGACGCGGUGACGGAGCAGAUGUUUGAUGCAGAUGAGCAGAGACGGUGGACAGACGAAGCUCAGAGGUCAGCGACCUCGCUGACCUGUCUGCUCUCGGACCGCGACGCCGUCACACGGCGUCACUGCUGUGCGGCUCUGGGAAACCUGGUAAAUGUUGACGGUGUCGUGUCGGUGUUGGAUGAAGACGUGUACUGCUCUCUUCUCAGAGUCGCAUGCAAUGAUCCAAACAACGACGUGAGAGAAGCUGCGAUCGCAGCUCUAAACCUCUGCAGCCAGCAGGAUGCGGUGCAGCGGGGAAGUUAACGAGAAGAGGGACGUCAGCACUACACCAUAUCCCUUAGAAGUGUGCUGCACAAUGGUUGGACGACUGGAGCAAUAACGAAAUCACACUUCUGACUGCUUUAAAUAUGCAGUGGGAAUAAAAACUCCACCAACCUGGGUUAAAAAAAAAAGCAUUUUUCCAACAUGUAGAAGCUGCAGCGACCUGCUUGCUCCUUCACCUUUUUCUCCAAUUUUAUCGUUCAAUCUUAUUCUGCAAAGUUAGGUGAAUUCAUGUUCAGCUUUCUAGCAAAUACCUAAAGAUUUUAGUUCUUUACAAAUGUUUCUGAUUUUUAUCCACCUGGAGAAAAUCUUUUUCCAUCUGAACAAAACAUUACCAGUUCAUGAUGCUGCCACCACCACAUUUCACAGUGGAUUUUGUAUUCUUGUAACUGAUGUGCAGUUUUUGUGUUUGUUCCCAAGUUAGCCUAAAGUUCAAGUUGGGUUUCUACAUAAUGUAGAUAAUGUUUCUACAUUCUUCCUCAAGGGUUUAGGUGAUUUUUGUCUGGUCAAAAUCCCCCCUUUUUUUUGGAAGAAAAGGUUUGUGUCUUUCAACCAUUAUCUUUAAUGGUUGAAAGACACAUGGAGAGUAGAAGAAACAUGUAGACCAGAACUUCCUGUUGGUUAUUUACUGUUGAUCCUUGGUCAUUUGCAACAUCUCUACAAACAAACUCUUUAGCUAAAGGAUGUAAAUGUCAAGAAAACCGUCCCAGAACUGCUGACCUUUAUUUAAUGUUAAAUAACUCCACUUUGGUUAAUGGCAGGUGUGUACCAAAGAAGACUCCAUACCGAAACGGAGUGGUUUAACUAAGUAGCUUAGGAUGUAACCAGGCAACAACCAGGUUACUGCAGCUUUUGUAUUCUUCUUUGUUUGAACCUUGUCACUCAUUUGUUUGUUUCCAGUUUAGCUGUACAUGAAAAAUAUCUCAUUAAA